GUUAGCUGUUUGUUGCUCAAAGUAACCAGGCUCAUCCGAGAGCGUGAGCUCAGCUAAUCAGCCCAUUAUUUGUUAUUGUUGUUGAGGUAGUAUCCACGUGCUUAUCUUGUAUCAGUGAGUUGAAGUUAUCACUGUGCACUUACUUUUACUGCAGUGCAGUGUUAUUUCAGACGGCGAUAACGUGUCAAUUACGCCGCUCUGAUACACAAGCACAGCAAGACUUUGGCAGAACUUGUGUCCAGAGAGCAUUCCUGGCUGUAUCGCCCCAACUUUCACUGCACUGGUUUCUCUCGCUUCUUUUUUUCUUUUUUUUCUUUUUUUUUAUGCAUGAUACUGACUGUCACCUCCUCCCUCCAACUCCUCCCUCUGUCUCUCGGUCUCUCCCUUCUUCUCAGUCUCUCACUCCAUUUUUGCACUUCCCCCACUCUGCGCUACUUAAACAAAUGUCUCUCUCUAUCACUGUGGUCCAGUGUGUGGAAUAUAGGUUAGCCAUAGUUUCACGAUGAGGAAGGAGAGCAGGUUGUUGAGGACAAUUGGUCAAGCUCUGGUAGUGACUGCUCUGUUCUUCUUGGGUUUCAUCAUAGGUUGGUUCGCAAAGAACACAAAUCAGCCGUCUGCAGACAAGGACGCUUCCAAUAAGUAUCUGAGAGAGUUUCUGGUUGAAUUCCAGCCUGACCAAAUCAGAGAUCAUCUGAGAAAGUUUACACAGCUCCCCCACCUGGCUGGAAGCGAGCAGAACUUAAAGUAUGCAGAGCAGAUCCAAAGUGAGUGGCAGGAGUUUGGCUUGGACUCAGUGGAGAUGGUUCCAUACGACGUGCUGCUGUCUUACCCCAACAAAUCGCAACCCAACUAUAUUUCCAUAGUGGAUCGGCUUGGCAGUGAGGUUUUUAACACAUCAUUGGCAGAGCCUGUACCACAGGGCUACGAAGACGUCUCCGACAUUGUGCCUCCGUACAGUGCCUACUCUGCCAAAGGACAACCCGAGGGCGAUUUGGUUUACGUCAACUAUGGUCGUACAGAAGACUUCUUCCAGCUGCAGAGAGAAAUGGGCAUCAAUGUCACCGGGAAGAUUGUCAUUGUCAGAUAUGGGAGAAUAUUCAGAGGCAACAAGGUUAAGAACGCCAUGUCUGCUGGAGCAAAGGGAAUCAUCAUGUUCUCAGACCCUGCAGAUUAUUGGGCUGCCGGAGUACAGCCCUACCCAGAUGGUUGGAACCUGCCUGGUGGCGGAGCUCAGCGAGGAAACGUUCUCAGCCUUAAUGGAGCAGGUGAUCCGCUCACACCGGGGUACCCCGCUAAAGAAUACACUUUUAGACUCGACACAGAGGAUGGAAUCGGACUACCUAGCAUUCCCGUGCAUCCGAUCGGCUUCCAUGAUGCCGUCCCACUGCUCCAGAAUAUGGGAGGACCAAUCCCACCCAACAACUGGAAAGGUGGUCUGAAUGUGUCCUAUAGGAUCGGCCCAGGCUUUACUGAAGAAUUCAGGACUCAGAAGGUGCGUAUGAACAUCCACACGAACAACCAGGUCACCAGGAUCUACAACGUCAUUGGGAGAAUCAGAGGAGCCCUGGAGCCAGACAGGUAUGUGAUUUUGGGAGGACACAGAGACGCCUGGGUGUUUGGUGGAAUCGACCCCAUGUCUGGAGCGGCGGUCGUCCAUGAAACCGUCAGGAGCGCUGGAAAACUACUCAGCAAAGGCUGGAAUCCACAGAGGAGUGUAAUAUUUGCGAGCUGGGACGCGGAAGAAUUUGGACUUCUGGGGUCUACAGAGUGGGCAGAGGACAAUGCCAAAGUGCUGCAGGAGAGAGCUGUGGCCUACAUCAAUGCUGACUCAGCCAUAGAGGGCAUGUACACACUCCGGGUGGACUGCACUCCGUCACUACACACCGUGGUGUAUGACCUCACCAAGCAGAUAGCAAGUCCAGAAGAAGGAGAAGAAGGACUUUCUCUAUACGAGAGCUGGCACAAAAGAGACAACUGGACCGAUGAUCGAGAUGCUCCAAGGAUCAGUAAACUGGGCUCCGGCAGUGAUUUUGAGGCCUAUUUCAUCCGUCUGGGAAUUGCUGCAGGAAGAGCCAGAUACACCAAGAACAAGAAAACAGAACGGUAUAGCAGCUACCCUGUCUAUCACAGUGUGUACGAAACCUUUGAGAUUGUGGAGAAAUUUUACGACCCCACCUUCAGAAGGCUGCAGGCUGUGGCCCAGGUCAGAGGUGGCCUCAUCUUCCUGUUGGCAGAUUCCCAGGUUCUGCCUCUCAGUGCUAGCCAGUACGCAGUCUCCCUAAAAAAGUACGCCCAGAGUAUCGCUCAGCUGGCCCAGAAGCACCCGCAGGAGAUGGAGAGAUUUGGAGUGUCCUUUGACUUUCUAUUUUCUGCUGUGGAAAACUUCACUCUCGCAGCUACGGAUUUCCAUAAGCGUUUGGAAACCAUUAACACAGCAGAUCCUCUGCAGGUUCGUGUCAUGAAUGAUCAGCUCAUGUAUCUGGAAAGAGCCUUCAUAGACCCACUGGGUUUACCUGGUAGACCCUUCUACAGACAUGUGAUCUUUGCUCCCAGUAGUCACAACAAAUAUGCAGGGGAGUCUUUCCCUGGAAUCUACGACGCACUGUUUGACAUCGAAAACUCUUCCGACCCCCAGGAAUCUUGGAAAGAGGUCAAGCGCCAGAUCAGUAUUGCAGCAUUCACCGUUAACGCUGCAGCUAUGACCCUGACACCUCCUGCAUGAAGUUAACAAUAAGACUCAGAACUAAAGGAAUACUGUGAAUUGUGUGGCAAGAGGAGAGACAUGACAAUAAAUACACGCUUGUACGGAGUGGUGCAGGACCCACAAUACGCCAUGGUCGAGAAACGAAGAACUGUCUUUUACGCUUUUUCAACAGAAUUGUUAUGUUGCUCACUGAAUUAAAAAAUAUUUUAUUUCUAUUUUUUUUUGUAGAAUCUAAAUAUUGUUGUCAGAAAACACAAUUUAAACGCUCAGUGCAAAUAGAUGAAGCCAAAACAGAUAGAAGAUUUUUACCUUAAUUGAAAUAUUUAGAGUACAAUUCCAAAUGUAAGUACACUGGAUAUACACCAUAUGACCAAAAUUAUUGGCUCGCCUGCCUUGACUCCUACUACGAACUGAAGUGCCAUCCCAUUCCUAACCCAGAGUUCAAUAUGAUGUCGGUCCACCUUUUGCAGCUAUUACAGCUUCAACUCUUCUGGGAAGACUG